AAACGGUGAGCAGAAGGAACACGCUGAUAAAACGGAUCACGGAUCCAGGCCAGCAUUAUAUGCAAAUAAAGAGGAGCAGGGGCCACGGACCAUAAUCUACAGAGAUGGAAAAACAUAUCCUGUGGCUACUAUUCCUCACCGGAACGAUUGCACAACAAGGUACCCACGGAGGGAUUUGGGCACAAAAGUCUCUCUUCCCGAAGCAGACAGACACGUCAUACGUGAUCCUUAAACCAUUGGUCUCGAAGGCUUUAAAUAAACUCACGGUCUGCCUUUGGUCCUUCCAAGAAUUCACAAGAGAUUUUUCUCUGUUCUCCUUAGCUACUCGUCAAAGUGACAAUGCCUUUCUUAUUUACCCAGUAUCAGAAACCGAGUACUACGUCUACAUAGACGGUGAAGGAGUCAAGAUGAAGAAAGACAAAGACGUUCUUGAAUGGACACACACCUGUGUUAGCUGGGACUCCGAAACUGGAGUGAUUCAGCUCUGGGUCAAUGGAAAACGCUUUCCAAGAAAGGUUGCCAAAAAAGGGGCUUCUAUUUCUUCCCCAGCCGCUAUCAUCCUGGGUCAGGAACAGGAUUCCUUCGGUGGUAGCUUUGAUGCCAAACAAUCCUUUGUGGGUGAAAUAAGCGAUGUUCACAUGUGGGAUUACGUGUUGUCCCCAGAAGACAUACAAAAUGUUCUGUCAAAUAAGGAACUCAGUGGGAACAUCCUUAGUUGGAGAUCUCUAGCGUAUGAGAUAAAAGGAGAAGUCCUCAUUCUGGACAAACUUCAAUGCAAGUCACCUGGGUACUCAUCCAGCUUGUAUGUCUCAUGCCAUAAUUAUUAACCGUCUAAUAAUUAAACAAAACAGUUUGCCAUUAACAUACAAUUCAAUUUAAAUACUUUUAUACAUGCAUUUACUUACAUGUAUGGAUUUUUAAUAUCGAUUCAUCCCUAUGUAUUCUAUCCUACGAUGUCAUAAUUAGCUAUUAUACUGCUUAAUCCUUCAAUAACUCAAUAAAAUCAUGUUUGCAUUGAA